AUGAAUCCGGAAGCAUACCGGGCUAUUAUUUUUAAUUCGGCACGGGAUGGUAAUCUGCGACGAUUGCGUAUUUUCCUAGAAGAUCGAUCACACGAGUGGCUUCAUCAUUGCUUGUCAUCACAAAAAUAUCAAACUCCGCCACUUGUCAUUGCUGCUCGAAAUGGUCAUUUCGAUGUUGUUAAAUAUUUGAUAUUGCAGCUGGAAAAGGGCGCAGAUGUCUCAAUCACAGGAACAGUCACAUUUGAUGGUGAAAUUAUCCCUGGAGCACCAGUUUUGUGGGCUGCAGCAGCCGCAGGUCAUCUAGAUAUUGUUCAGUAUCUUGUUGAAGAAGCUGGUGCCGAUAUCAAUCAGACAACGCACUCUAACAGUUCUCCUUUACGAGGCGCGUGCUAUGAUGGUCACUACCACAUAGUUCAAUAUCUGGUGAAAAAAGGAGCUGAUAUCGAAUUAGCUAAUCGACAUGGGCAUACACCGUUGAUGAUUGCUGCUUUUAAAAUGCGAGUUGAUAUCGUACGCUUCUUGCUGAAUCAUGGAGCGGAUCCUUGCCGGGUAUCAAUGAAAGGUGAUAGCCAUUUGCAAUUAAAAAAUCACAUGUACUAUCUUACCUCUUUUACAAGGGAACAUUCACUGGUUGCGCUAUGUUUACAAAGAUUACUUUUAGGAAAUACAGCAAUGCACGACGCUGCGGAGGCUGGUUCCAAUGAAAUUGUAUGUAUGUUAUUAAAAGCUGGUGCAAAAAAUGUCAAAGAUGAUUGUAGUAUGACACCGAUGCAUUGCGCUGCACUGGCUGGACAUGAAGAUGUACUUAAGUCAUUAUCUGCUGUAGCUACAGAUCAAGAGACAAGAGAUGCAUUGAAAUUAUACGGUGCUACUUUAGUGGAUAAAAAGAUGGAUUUAAGUAAUGCCGUACGUGUUUGGUUUGAAGCAAUAAACUACGGUGAGCCGCUUCGUGUGCGUACUGCUCUCCAUGUUUAUGAUGAUUUGUUCGAAAUAGACACAGCUGCUGACAUAAGUCAUGUAGUUGGCGAUCCUGAUGCAAUCAGAAUGCAGGCAUUAAUUAUUCGAGAAAGAAUCAUCGGUGGAGCUCAUCACGAAACACAUUAUUUCAUACGUUACCGUGGUGCGGUAUACUGUGAUUUGGGUGAAACAAAUCGAUGUUUCGAACUAUGGAUGCAUGCUCUCCAUCUACAGCAAGAACAUCUUUGCGCACUGCAUCCAUCAACUGUUUCUACAAUUGGAGCAUUCAUUGACACAUUUAUAUUAACGGUAAACGAAGGAAUCAUAAUUGCUAAUGCGGAUGGUGUGAGAGUUACUCCACUCUCUCGCAAAUGCAUAAUGGAUGUACUAGAAAAAGCUGUGUACGAGUUGGAAAGAUUCAAUGAUGGUGACAUAAGAAUUAAGACAGAUGAAAUCACUGAUGAAACGGAUGAUGAAAACCGGUGCAUUGAAUUCUUGAUGCUUGCUUCCCUGCAAUUGAUUCUUUUGAUUCGACGUCUCUCUCCUGCAGACAGCAAACUGACAUCAACUGUAGAAACAGAAGCUGAUGAGGAGAAUAUUGACACUUCUUUGUCACAUAUUGUUACACGCCUAACACUAGUUUCGAAAUCAUUGAAUUUAUAUCCUCUUCACGCUGCUUGUCAUGAUAUUGACAAACCAGUAACAGCACGUUUCCCAUGUGCAUGCAUUAUUACUAUGCUCAUCGAUAGUGGAAUUGAUGUAAACACAAAGAAUUCAUUGGGUAACACUCCACUGCAUACGGUUUUGCUGAGUAGUAAUCCUAGGCUGAGUAUCGUCAAGCUGCUGCUUCAAAAUGGUGCAACUCUGCUAGCACGCAAUGACGAUGACGAAACAUGUAUGGAGUUGAUCUCAGCGAAACUACCUCGUGCAACUGGACAGCUCAAAUUGGGUCGUUAUAUUACACUUAUGGGUCUUGCCGCAAAUGUUGUGCGACGAAACAGUUAUGAAGCCGAGUACAAAAAAAUUGUGCCAAAGGACCUAUUAGAAUUUUUAGAUUUGCACUAG